UGUCCCGUCCUUUCCCGGCGAGCUCCGCGCGGCUGCUUCCGGAAGUGGUGUUCGCCUCCUUGGAAGCGAGAGUUGUUCUGACGCUCGCGGGCUGGGUGCUGCAACCCUGGGAGCUGAGACCCCGAAUGCUAGCGGGGAGGGCCUGGCUACCGCGAUGGCCGAGAGUCAGGACAUGUUCGACGCCAUCGUGAUGGCGGAUGAGAGGUUUCACGGGGAAGGGUACCAGGAAGGCUAUGAAGAAGGCAGUAGUUUGGGUAUAAUCGAAGGAAGACAGUAUGGUACCUUACAUGGUGCCAGAAUUGGAUCUGAGAUCGGGUGCUAUCAAGGUUUUGCUCUUGUGUGGAAGUGCCUCCUGCAUAGCUGUGCCAGUGACAAAGACAGCAGGAAGAUGAAGGUCUUGGAAUCAUUGAUUGGAAUGAUUCAGAAGUUCCCCUAUGAUGACCCUACUUACGAUAAACUCCAUGAAGACUUAGACAAAAUCAGAGGAAAAUUUAAACAGUUUUGUUCGUUACUCAAUGUUCAGCCGGACUUUAAAAUUAGCGCGGAAGAUCCUGGACUUUCAUUCUGAGGAUGACAGAUGAACAAAGAUGGAACAUCAAGGAACAGAUGUCUGCAUAUUAAGUGUUCAAAUAAUGUCAUUAAAGGCAAAACAAUGA